UGGAGAGCGGAAUAGAGGGAAGUCGUCCCUGGGCUACUGAUCAAGGCUGUGGUUAGGCUACUGUUUUGUACGCUACUGUUACAAAAUGUUGAAGUUCUUCAGUACCCGAGACGAUGAGAAUGAAAGCCUCUUGGGUGCGUUGACCGAAGAUGAAUCAGAUCCUCCAUCUCUGAUGGAUGCAAAACAUCACUGGCUACACAGACCCUGUCUGCUGAUGUUCAAGGAUGGGGAUAUCACAAAACCAGGGCAGUUGGGCUGCGAACAAAUUGGAUCAGAGUCUCCUGUGAAACCCAAAGUCCAUUCUGAGGGAGUUCGAAACUCCGUGGCAGCAAAGGAGUGGCCUGUUUCCCAGCCAGAUACCUCGGCCCAGAGACUGUUGAAACAACUGGAGGAGGGAACCUGCUCCGUUGACACAAUCUCCACAUGGGGUGAGAAGCAUUUCAGGGAGUCUUCUGCCCCUGUGAUGAUAAGCCCCGCCAAAACAGUUGGGUCGGAUGUGGAGGUGGACAAGGAGAAGAGACCUCAGUUGCCCUCCUCCAAGGAGGACUCUGUGGUUGAGGAGAAGGAGCUGGAAGAGACUGGACUGAAACCACAGGACUCCCCCAUUGGUCCAGAAGACCUAGGCCCAUUCAUCCCUCCUGAUCUGGAAGAGCCUGUUGAAGGCUCCCAUGAUGCCCAAAAACAGGUCCUGAAACUGGAGCUUCAGGACCAACCUGGAGCCAGUGGACAAACUAAUGAAGAGGACCGUGCCAACAGAGUGGUGGAAGACUGGGCUACGUCCCCUGUAGCUCAAUCAGUGGAUCCAGACAAUGAGCUACAGGCCAGUCCCACCGGCAUCCUGGCCAAGGAGCGAGGCACUGUCCUGGGGGAGGUGGCCCCUGUGUGGGUCCCUGAUGCCCAGGCACUGGUGUGCAUGAAGUGUGAGGUCAGGUUCACCUUCACCAAGAGGAGGCACCACUGUCGUGCCUGUGGCAAGGUCUUCUGUUCUGUGUGCUCCGGUCUGAAGUUCCGACUUACACACCUAGAUGGGAAGGAGGGGCGUGUCUGUGUUUCCUGCCAUUCAACUCUAGUGAAAAGAACUCCUCCCAGGGGGAGGAGGAGGGUCUGGUUUGCGGAUGAGAUCCCAUCCAAUGACAAAUCAGACUCCGCCCCGUGUACACCAAUCCGAGGCCCCACCUUCUCGCCCCUGUUAUUGAGGAGGAGUAUAGCCGCUACAAUCAGAAGCGCCACUGGUUCCCCGCAGAUCAGCAGGAGGGCCCAGAUAGUAUCGGAGUCGCCGCUGCUCAAUCCUCUGCAGGAGGCAUGUGGUCCAUGUGGCUGGGGUACAGCAGCCCUGGUCAGCAACCACAUCAGCAGCUCUACUAACCUCAUCCCGCUGGAGGGCCUUCCUCCCAUCCUCACCUCCACUGGGGUCAAAGGAGACUACACAGUGGAGGAGAAGCCUUCUGAAAGGGUCCUCAUCCAGGAGCUGGAGAGCGGCAGACCCAACUCCCUGGUCUUCGUCCUCAACGCCAACCUACUGGCCAUGGUGAAGCUGGUUAGCUAUGUCAACAGGAAGUGCUGGUGUGUGACAUCAAAGGGCAUGCACGCAGUGGGGCAGGUGGAGGUGGUCGUCCUGCUGCAGUGUCUGCCGGACGAGAAGAUCUUCCCCAAAGACAUCUUCAGCCACUUUAUACAACUGUACAGGGAUGCUCUCAUUGGCAAGGUACUGAACCACCUGGGUCUCUCCCAGUUCUCCAGUAGUUUUCUGGGCAGUGAGGAGCACGCUGGCUUCCUUUGGGUGCACUCCACUCUUCAGUCCCUGCAGGGCCUUCCUAUGCCCAACCAGCCCUUCCUCUUUGGCCUGCUGGUCCUCCGGGCGGAGGUGCCCUGGGCCAAGGCCUUCCCUCUACGUCUCAUGCUCAGACUUGGGGCAGAGUACAGAUUCUACCCCUGUCCCCUGUACAGCGUGCGUUUCCGGAAGGCUCUGUUUGGGGAAACGGGACACACCAUCAUGAGACUGCUAGUGGACUUCAGGAACUAUCGUUACACUCUGCCGGUUGUACCUGGACUCACCAUGGAUCUGGAGGCACACAGAACUUGCAUUAAAAUCCCCACCAGCAGCUAUGAGGAGCUGAUGAGGGCUUUGAAUAAGUCCAAUGAGCAUGUACUGGCCAUGGGGGCGUGCUUUAAUGUGUCGGCAGACUCCCACCUCAUUUGUGUCCAGGGGGACGAUGGCCAGUACCAGACCCAGGCCAUCAGCAUCCACAAUCAGCCGCGCAAAGUUACCGGUUCCUGCUUCUUUGUGUUCAGUGGUGCUCUGAAAGCAGCGUCAGGAUAUCUGGCCAAGUCCAGCAUUGUGGAAGAUGGCCUGAUGGUGCAGAUCACUGUGGAGACGAUGUUGGAGCUUCGCAGAUCGCUACGGGAGAUGAAAGACUACGCCAUCACCUGUGGGCGGGUCAACCAAUCAGACAGCGAAGAGCAUGUUCUGAUUCAGUGGCUGGAGAAUGAAUGCGUUUUGAACAAGGGAGUCAUCAGUCCCAUCGACGGUAAGUCCAUGGAGUCCAUCAGUAGUGUGAAGAUGUUCCAGAAGUCGGAGUACAAGGCCAAUGGAAAGGUCAUCCACUGGACUGAGGUGUUCCUCCUACAGAGAGGAGAUCCUCCUGACCUCACCGACCAACCUCCAGAACACAGCCGGUUGACGGAGAGACUGGCCCGGGCUUUCUGCCUGGCGCUGUGUCCACACCUCAAGCUGCUCAAAGAGGACGGCCUGGCGAAACUGGGACUACGUGUCACUCUGGACUCCCACCAGGUUGGGUUUGUGGCGGGCAGUAAUGGCCUGCCUCUCCCAGCACCGUAUCUCAACACCCUGGACGCUGUGCUGAUGCCAGUUAUACACAGCUGGGGGCGCAAGAGGAGCACAGUCCCUGUUGUCAUGGAGCUCAUCUUCUACAUACUGGAGAACAUCUCCUAGGGGCGAGGUUCAAAGUACAAACACAUUUGCUGGAGGAAUAAGCUCUUUAAAAUGGACAUGAGUUUACCUCCUGGCUCUGUCUCAGCCAGCCAGCCAGGGUCAAAGGUUGGCUGAAGGUUAAGUGGUCUGUCUCACUGA